GGCAUUUGCUGACCACGUUGCAGCUUGGCACCUUCCACAGCUCAACCCAGCUUCCUGAAUCACACGUUUGUUCUUGCCUAAACUGGUGAUUUGAGGGUAGGUGGGAUCACAGCUUGAUCGAGCUUCUCCCUCUCCGCUUGAAGAAUUUGGGGCGGCUUGCCCAAAGGUACUGAGAGUUUCGGCCAAUGUCAUGUAACUGUGAAGUAUUGGGCGGAGAAAAACGAAUUGAGGGACACCCGGUGAGAAAACUGUUCGCGGCAAGCUGCUUAUUUGAGUAGACCAUCAACCAUGUUCGGGUUUGUCAACAACGCUUUGGAGAACUUGGUGAUUCGCACGUACGGCUUUGAAAAAUGGAAGGAAGUUUUAUUAGAAGCCGGCGUGAGUCUGGACGAGCACCACUUCCUGAAGUCUCUGCUGUACGAUGACUACGACACGUACGCGCUGGUGGAAGCCGCCUGCCACGUUCUCGAUGUCAACUCCGAGGAACUCAUGGAGAAAUUCGGCGACCAGUUCUUCAAAUGGUGCCAGGAGUCCGGAUACGAUCAGGUGUUGCUCCUGUUGGGCCGCACGCUGGGAGAGUUCCUGGCCAGCCUGGAUGCGCUGCACGACCACCUGCAGCUCACGUACCCGGGCAUGCAGGCGCCGUCGUUCCGCAUCGCCAAGCACCCCACCGCCGCCAACGGCCUGUACCUGCACUACGACAGCGUGCGCGUCGGCCUGCAGCACAUCGUGCGCGGCAUCAUCCUGACUGUGGCGCGCUCCAUCUUCCACAUGGAGGUUGAUAUAGAAAUCGUGGAGACUUCCCAGAACAACCCAGCACGGUUCCAUGCUAUCUUCUCCAUAAUACCGCAAGAAGCUGAUUCCGCUCGCCUUUGGCAGGAGCAAUCUGCGCUUGCUCCUGCAUCUUCUCUGAGCUCAUCCGCUGGACCUGUAUCCGAGAGGGAUGACUUCAUGUCGAAGGAGGCUUUCUGUCAGUUGUUCCCGUUUCAUAUCCUCUUCGACCGGGACCUAGUAAUCAAGCAGUGUGGGCAUUCAUUUGCACGCUUGCUGCCGAAGUGUUUGGAUAGCGAAAGCAAGCUAUCCCUGCAGUCUGUGCUGAUUCUGGAAAGGCCUCACACAACUCUGGCCUUUUCCAACAUUCUGCAGCACCUCCACACCGUCUUCGUCAUGAAGAUGCGUAACUCUAAGACCGAUUUCGUUGCUCCCAAAUUCAAGGGACAAAUGAUGUACCUGCCGCAUAUAGAUUGUAUAAUAUACGUCUGCUCACCGCGUGUUCACCGCCUCAAGGAGCUGGAGGAGCAAGGACUGUACUUGAGUGAUAUUCCAAUGCAUGACGCGACGCGAGAGAUUGUGAUGACGGCCGAGGCUUCGCACGCUCACUUAAACAUGUUCCAGAAGCUGGAGGAGACCACUGAUGAACUGCUGAGCAGCAAGAACGCACUGACGGUGGAGAAGUGCCGUACGGACGCCUUGUUGCACUCCAUCCUGCCCAAGUCGGUUGCCAAGCAAAUCCUGAGCAAGCGAGAGGUCGUACCAGAAGUGUAUGGCGCGGUGACGAUUCUCUUCAGCGAUAUCUGCGGCUUCACCAGCAUAUGCGGCCAGAGCAGCCCGAUCGAGGUCAUCGGCAUGCUCAACGAGCUCUACACGCUCUUCGACUAUCUCACAACUGUCAAUGACGUGUACAAGGUUGAGACGAUCGGAGACGCCUAUAUGGUGGUUGGUGGUUUGCCGGAGAAAUGUGAUGAUCACGCGUCACGCAUUGCCAACUUUGCCAUGGACAUGCGCCACGCUUGCAGCAAGGUCAUGCGCCCAGACAAGCCGGACCAGCCGAUCGAGAUCCGCAUUGGCUUCCACUCAGGCGAGGUGAUGGCGGGUGUGGUGGGUACCAAGACACCGCGCUAUUGCCUGUUCGGCGACUGCGUCAACAUCGCCAGCCGCACCGAAUCCAAUGGCAUCGCUGGUCGCAUCAACCUGAGCAACGAUGCCUAUGAGAACCUGGACACGAGCAAGUACAUCUUGGAGGAUCGCGGCGACGUGGCGUUCAAGGGCCGCGCCGACAAUAUGCACUGCUGGUUCCUGAACGGACACGCGUCCCGCGAACCCACCGAGGUUACGCUGAACGAGGCACGCGAGGUCAGCACCUUCCUGGACGCCAUGGCGGAGAGUGAGAAACUUAAUAGCCUUCCCUUGUCGCCGUACAACAGCAAGGACCCCACGCCGAAGAACAGCCUCACCGACCGCAACAACAUCAGGCUCUCGCGGGUCGGCGAUGGUACCGAACCUUCUGCUGCUGCCCUGCCGCGCCUGCGCAAGAGCUCCGUGCACAGUGCACCGUCGCGGGAGGCCCUGAAUGAAGCAGCAGACACCGUUGCGGACGGCGGCAUAAGUCCAAUGUUGCGUCGUAGCCAGACGACGACGGAGCUGCUAGCCGGCAGGGCCACUGGCGGGCGCGUCUCCACCGGCUGCCCGAUCAUGUCGGCAAGCCAAUACAAUGGCGACGAUUCACCGUCCAUCCGCCGCAUGCCCCGCCGCUCGUCGAUGGCCUCGUUCGGGCCGCGCAGCACCAGCGAGCCCAUGCGCCCCGCACUGAGCGACCUGGACCCGGAGGUGCUGGAGCGGCACGGCAUCACCGCGCCCUCCUCGAUGUCCACGGCCCGGUCGAGCCGCGCCGAGCGCAUGGUUGCCGUCGGCAACAAUGCGGGCAGCGGCCAAUCGUCCUGCAAGUCGUCCGCGUCGUCCACGUUAUCGACGGCAACGCCAGUGCCUGCAGCGCCGCCGUCAUCGUCGUCGUCUGGUUGGCUUCGGUUGUAUGCUGCUGGCAGCACCGUCACCUGCGUUGGCCUGCUGUCUCUUCUCCUGUACCAGAAAUUCAACAAGUAAGGCAUUGCCUUUCAAGGUCAAUACAGAUAGUGAACGCAGUGCUGCCUGAUCUCUCCGAUGCCAACAUGCAAGGCAUUGCCUCAAGAUCAAUACAGAUAGUGAACGCAGUGCUGCCUGAUCUCUCCAACACUAUUGAAUGAAAUAAUAAUUAUGAUGAACGUGAACUUGUAAUGUUGCUGAUGCUGAUAUGUUCAGGACAUGCAUUGUCCCAACACAGCCUUUCCCAGCAAUCGGCGGUAGCAAAGAAGCCGCCUCGGACUGGACUACCCAACGAAUGAAGCUUGCUUCAAUGAGAUUUCCUAGCAUCUCUGUCUCUCGGAGUAUGCAACGUGUUUGUUCCAUGUGUUUUGCCCUGCCUAGUAUGUACUUCGUUGCCGUGUUUUCUUUCUUGCCUUUCGUACCGGUCCUGCUUAGUUUAAGCCAGAGUGACCGUGUGUUCCGUAUGGCUGGUCUGUUGACUUUCAGUGUCGUUUUUCGUCAGAAGAUAUUUAGAAGCAAGACUUGCUGUGUCAGAGUUCAUAUUCUUGCUCUCUUUUAACGCUAGGCUGUCCUGCCUUCUAUGGACUUUUCUAUUUACUUACCUACCAGUUUUUUCUCUUUUUUCCUAUUCUCCUACUGCUAGAGGCCGCUCUCUGUGUGCCCACUUUUCUAGUCACCAUGUCUGUCUUCUCUUUGGCUGCUGCUGCUGCUGCUCUGUACUAGCACCUCGGCUGGCGUUCUUGCCCGCCCGACUACGGUGUACGCAUAUUUACUUUCCUACUCGCAGCGUCUGCGUUGAACGCAUGUUUGACUGCAAGCUAUUGUAUUGUCAGAGCAUAGUACUUAUAUUCUACGAAGUAUUUUUCUAACGCAGAGACCCUAUUUUUUGUUUGUUUGAUAUUCUUUGUAUGCUGGCGCUUUGAAACUUUAACUUUGAAUCUACUCAUUCUUUGAA